CCGCGGCUUGUGCGGACACGCGGCCACCUCCGUCACUGCGGACCCAAGCUGCGCUGAUUGGCGGGAGGGUGGCUGGCCAGGACGCAGGGGGUCCGCUGCUAUGUACCCGGAGCUCUUUGCUCCAGGAGCACUAUGACCUGACCUGUGGGGGCCCUGGCCGGGGCUCCUGCCACUAGGCAGUCUUAAGAAAGCAGGGACCGCGGCUAAGCUCCCACCAGGGAGUCCGGGUCUUUAGGCACCGCCGCCCCUAACUGCCUCGGGCACUGGCUGCGCCCCCCUGCCCUGCGCCAUGGAGCUCUCGGAUGUGCGCUGUCUGAGCGGCAGCGAGGAACUCUACACCAUCCACCCGACGCCCCCGGCCGGCGACGGCGGGAGCGGCUCGCGGCCGCAGCGGCUGCUGUGGCAGACGGCGGUGCGACACAUCACAGAGCAGCGCUUCAUCCACGGACACCGGGGCGGCGGCGGCGGCGGAUCCCGGAAAACCUCGAACCCCGCGGGGAGCGCUCCCAACCACCAUGCGCCGCAGCUGUCGGUGGACUCCGCGCUGCCGCUCUAUUCGCUGGGCCCCGGGGACCGAGCUCACAGCACCGGAGGCACCAAAGUCUUCCCCGAACGCAGCGGGAGCGGCAGUGCGAGUGUCAGCGGAGGAGGCGGAGACCUGGGCUUCCUGCACCUUGACUGCGCCCCGAGUAACUCGGAUUUCUUCCUCAAUGGGGGCUACAGCUACCGAGGGGUUAUUUUCCCCACCCUGCGCAACUCCUUCAAGUCUCGGGAUCUGGAGCGCCUCUACCAGCGCUAUUUCCUGGGCCAGAGGCGCAAAUCAGAGGUGGUCAUGAACGUGCUGGAUGUGCUGACAAAACUAACCCUCUUGGUCCUCCACUUGAGUCUGGCCUCUGCCCCAAUGGACCCACUCAAGGGCAUCUUGCUGGGCUUCUUCACUGGCAUCGAGGUGGUAAUCUGCGCCCUCGUAGUGGUCAGGAAGGACACCACCUCGCACACGUACCUGCAAUACAGCGGUGUGGUCACCUGGGUGGCCAUGACCACCCAGAUCCUGGCAGCGGGCCUUGGCUAUGGGCUUCUGGGCGACGGCAUAGGCUACGUGCUCUUCACGCUCUUCGCCACCUACAGCAUGCUUCCGUUGCCACUUACCUGGGCCAUCCUAGCGGGCCUGGGCACAUCGCUAUUACAAGUGAUCCUCCAAGUGGUCAUUCCUCGGCUGGCAGGCAUUCCCAUGAAUCAGGUCGUGGCCCAGGCCGUGCUAUUCGUGUGCAUGAACACAGCUGGCGUCUGUAUCAGUUACCUGUCAGACCGCGCCCAGCGACAGGCCUUCCUGGAGACAAGGAGGUGUGUGGAGGCCAGGCUGCGCCUGGAGACCGAGAACCAAAGACAGGAGCGGCUUGUGCUGUCAGUGCUCCCCCGGUUCGUGGUCCUGGAAAUGAUCAAUGACAUGACCAACGUGGAGGAUGAGCACCUGCAGCAUCAGUUCCACCGCAUCUACAUCCACCGCUACGAGAACGUCAGUAUUCUUUUUGCAGAUGUUAAAGGAUUUACAAACCUCUCUACGACCUUGUCUGCUCAGGAGCUGGUCAGGAUGCUCAACGAGCUCUUUGCCAGAUUUGAUCGGCUGGCCCAUGAGCAUCACUGCCUUCGCAUCAAAAUCCUCGGGGACUGCUACUAUUGUGUCUCUGGACUCCCUGAGCCCCGCCAGGACCACGCCCACUGCUGUGUGGAGAUGGGCCUCAGCAUGAUCAAAACCAUCAGGUACGUGAGGUCAAGGACGAAGCAUGACGUCGACAUGCGGAUCGGGAUCCACUCGGGCUCAGUGCUGUGCGGUGUGCUGGGCCUAAGGAAGUGGCAGUUUGAUGUCUGGUCUUGGGAUGUGGACAUUGCAAAUAAACUUGAAUCUGGUGGAAUUCCUGGGAGGAUCCACAUUUCCAAAGCCACACUGGACUGCCUCAACGGUGACUAUAAUGUGGAAGAGGGUCAUGGUAAAGAGAGGAAUGAAUUCUUGAGAAAGCAUAACAUAGAGACCUAUUUGAUUAAGCAGCCAGAAGAGAGUUUGCUUUCCUUGCCUGAAGACAUUGUAAAGGAAUCGGUGAGCUCCGCAGACAGGAGAAGCAGUGGGGCAACAUUCACAGAAGGAUCCUGGAGCCCAGAACUGCCUUUUGAUAACAUUGUGGGGAAACAGAAUACUCUGGCUGCCCUAACAAGAAAUUCAAUAAAUCUGCUUCCAAACCAUCUUGCACAAGCUUUGCAUGUCCAGUCUGGGCCUGAGGAAAUUAACAAGAGAAUAGAGCACACCAUCGACUUGCGGAGUGGCGAUAAGCUGAGAAGAGAGCACAUCAAGGCGUUCUCGCUGACGUUUAAAGACUCCAGCCUGGAGCACAAGUAUUCUCAAAUGAGGGAUGAAGUAUUCAAGUCAAACUUGGUCUGUGCAUUUAUCGUCCUUCUGUUUAUCACUGCGAUUCAAAGCUUGCUUCCUUCUUCAAGGCUGGUGCCCAUGACCAUCCAGUUCUCUGUUCUGAUCAUGCUGCAUGCUGCUCUGGUCCUCAUCACCACCGCGGAGGACUACAAGUGUCUCCCCCUCGUCCUCCGGAAAACCUGCUGUUGGAUCAAUGAAACCUACUUGGCCCGGAAUGUCAUCAUCUUUGCCUCUAUCCUGAUUAACUUCCUGGGUGCCGCACUUAAUAUCCUGUGGUGUGAUUUUGACAAGUCGAUACCCUUGAAGAACCUGACUUUCAAUUCCUCAGCUGUGUUUACAGAUAUCUGCUCCUACCCAGAGUACUUUGUCUUCACGGGGGUACUGGCCAUGGUGACCUGUGCGGUUUUUCUCCGACUUAACUCUGUCCUGAAGCUGGCUGUGCUACUGAUCAUGAUAGCCAUCUAUGCUCUGCUGACAGAGACCGUCUAUGCAGGCCUCUUUCUUCGUUAUGACAACCUAAACCACAGUGGAGAAGAUUUCCUGGGGACCAAAGAGGCAUCACUGCUGCUGAUGGCCAUGUUCCUCCUGGCUGUGUUCUAUCACGGACAGCAGCUGGAGUACACAGCCCGCCUGGACUUCCUAUGGCGAGUGCAGGCCAAAGAGGAGAUCAAUGAGAUGAGGGAGCUGAGGGAGCACAACGAGAACAUGCUGCGCAACAUCUUGCCCAGCCACGUGGCCCGCCACUUCCUGGAGAAGGACCGAGACAACGAGGAGCUGUACUCUCAAUCCUACGAUGCUGUUGGGGUGAUGUUCGCCUCCAUCCCAGGAUUCGCGGACUUUUACUCUCAGACGGAAAUGAACAACCAAGGGGUGGAAUGCCUGCGCUUGCUGAAUGAGAUCAUCGCUGACUUUGAUGAGCUGCUUGGGGAAGAUCGGUUUCAAGACAUUGAGAAGAUUAAGACCAUUGGUAGCACCUACAUGGCUGUCUCUGGCCUGUCACCAGAAAAACAGCAGUGUGAAGACAAGUGGGGGCAUCUGUGUGCCCUGGCUGACUUCUCUCUCGCCCUGACUGAAAGCAUACAAGAAAUCAACAAGCACUCAUUCAACAAUUUUGAGCUCCGGAUUGGCAUCAGCCAUGGCUCAGUGGUAGCAGGUGUGAUCGGCGCUAAGAAACCCCAGUAUGACAUUUGGGGCAAAACUGUGAACCUGGCAAGUCGAAUGGACAGCACAGGAGUGAGCGGCCGGAUCCAGGUUCCCGAGGAGACCUAUCUCAUCCUGAAGGAUCAGGGCUUUGCCUUCGACUACCGAGGGGAAAUCUACGUGAAAGGCAUCAGUGAGCAGGAAGGGAAAAUCAAAACAUACUUUCUCCUGGGAAGAGUCCAACCCAACCCAUUCAUCUUGCCCCCAAGAAGAGUACCCGGUCAGUACUCCCUGGCCGCCGUUGUCCUGGGCCUGGUCCAGUCCCUCAACAGGCAAAGGCAGAAGCAACUACUUAAUGAGAACAGCAACACGGGCAUCAUCAAGGGGCAUUACAACCGGCGGACUUUGUUGACACCCAGCGGGCCAGAGCCAGGAGCUCAAGCCGAAGGCACCGAUAAGUCUGAUUUGCCAUAAAAUCAUUUUCUUUGUGUUUCUUUUCUUUUGUAUUUCUUUUAUAUAUAAAAUAAAUAUACUAAUAAAAAGGUUUAAUUUUUUUUAGAAUAA